UGUAAAGCCCUGUCUCCAGCAAUUCUCUCCAGUGGUUGAACCGAACCUGGUUGAAUUCUCAAAACAAAUUUACCCAAAAUCUCAGGUGGCUUGUCUGAUGUUCUUGCUAUAAGAAGUCAUUCCAAAGAUUUCAUGCAUGGCUGCUAAAAAGUCAAAACCUCGUCAAACAGGGAUCAAAGACGGGCUAAGUGCUUUACCAGAUGCUAUACUUUGCCACAUACUAUCCUUUCUACCCACAAAGAAUGCUGUGGUUACUUCUCUUUUGUCCACUAGAUGGAAAUAUCUUUACAGGUCUGUGCCUAAGAUUGAUCUAGACGACUACUUGCCUACGGAAGCUGCACGAAGAAAAUGCUCUGAGAAAACCUCUAAUGGCUUCAUAAGAUUUACGAAUAGGUUGUUUUCUCUACGAAACAGUGCUAACAUAGUCACGUUUUACCUUAGGUGCUCAAAUACAUAUGAGUAUUGGAUUAUUAAUGAUUGGAUUUGUGCUGCAUUGUGCCGUAAUGUUCAAGAACUUGAUAUUCAUGUCAAACAUCCUGCCGGAGAUCACCUUACUGGCGAAAUCUUCAGACAUGAAAGGUUAUCAAGUUUGAAGCUUCGUGGCUUUUCUGUCAAGGUUCCAGAGCAGGUUUUCUUACCAAAUCUUAAAAUCCUGCAUUUGGUGUAUAUGACAUUUCUUGCUGACAAUUAUCACAUGUCAAAGUUCUUGCUUGGCUGUCCAUUGCUCGAGGAUUUGAAGUUGACUGAUUGCGACCUAGAAAAUCUUGAAGUUCUUGAUCUUUCCAUUCCUUCCCUUAAAAGCUUGACAUUAAGGGACAACUAUGAUAUUGCAACAAUUAUUAUAUCUAACCCGAAUCUUGAAUAUUUGAUGCUUCACACUUCUUCAGCAGAACAUGUAGUGAAAAACUUGAAGUCUCUGGCCAGUGCAGAGUUGUUGAGUGAUGAUUUAGAAAUCUCCUCGAAGUUAAUUAAUGAAUUGUAUAACGUUAGCUUCCUGGCCAUUAGCGGGAGUUGUUUUAAGAAACUAGUGGCUUCUGGUUCCUUGAGUAAACUCCAGUGUUUGACUCAUUUGGAUCUUUCGCCAUUUUCUGAAGAUGAGUUCCGCAUACUUCCCAGAUUACUUGAUGGAACACCUAAUCUUGAACAGUUGACUCUUGGUAUGGCUUCUAUAGGUGAAUUUGAGCCUCAAGGCAUUGUGUCCGAUUUAUUUGAGGUCAAGCCUUUGUGUUUGGCUCAGAAGUUGAGGAACGUAGAUAUCUUUGAUUUUGUUGACUCUGAAACUCAGUUCAACGUGGUAGAGUAUCUGUUGCAGCAUGGAGCAUUACUGGAAUUAAUGAGUUUUCAGUUUGUAACCACUAAAACUCCAGAAAAGUGGCCAUUUUCCAUGUUGAGGAGAUUAUUAAUGUUCCCAAGAUGUUCAAAGGCAUGCAAGAUUGCUCUUGGGGAGUGAAUACCUGGUUGAUCAAUGUGCAAGAGAUGAAGGAUAGGAAAAGGAAAGGCACCUGGUUCAGCUUGGCAUCUGUUUUGUUUAAAUUGUAAACAUGUUGUGAGUAGUUAUAUGUAUUAGAUGCUUAAUGGUUUUCAAUUUGCAGAUACAGUUGUAACUUAGUCAAGUGGUUGGUCUGUAUUAAGCACUUUUCUAUUUUGAUGAAUGCUGAACAGCUGAUGUGUAUGGUUUUUGCUGAGUAUGCUAGCUGAAAUAUCAGUGCUAGAAAGCACUUUGAAUAAAACAUGGUUAACUUCAUGUUGUUAGGGC